ACCACAGAUUUAGAAAUCUAUAUAUUAGCACAUGUAGACUUUUGGAUUAGAUGUUGCUAUUUUUUGCUUUGUCUGGGCAUUAUGCUGGCAUCAAGCAGUGCGACUGUUGUCUACUUGUGGAAACACAUAAAGAGAAUGGAGGAGAAUGGAAGCUCUUUCUCUGCUCUUCGUAAAAAGCAGCAGAUGAAAGUGACAAUCUUGGGCAUUAUACAGGGUGUCCUCUUCUUUUUUGCUUCAGGGUGGCUCAUGACAGAAGAGCCCUUUACAUAUUUUACUGGUUUUAUGGAUCAGCACGGCCAUUUGAUUUGCACUGUCAUGGCACUGUACUCUCUUGGAACAACCAUCCUUUUAGGUCCAUGGAUGUACAUUCUUUUAGUGGCCGGACUUCUCUUUGCUAUGUGGACUGGUUUUACUGCCUCCCUUGCUCUGAAUGUGUGUUACUACUUCCAAAUUGUUCCUGUACGACGGCCUUUUUUGAUCUGGAUGAAGAAGCACAUCAGACUCUUUGUGUACUUGGCAUUAUUUGUUGACAGACUCUUCUUUCUGACUGAAUUCCUUGUACGCGUUUUCUGGGAAGUUUCUGCAAUUAACUUGAAUUCAACAAUUCAUGUGAACAUCACCAGUGAAACCACAGAUUUAGAAAUCUAUAUAUUAGCACAUGUAGACUUUUGGAUUAGAUGUUGCUAUUUUUUGCUUUGUAUGGGCAUUAUGCUGGCAUCAAGCAGUGCGACUGUUGUCUACUUGUGGAAACACAUAAAGAGAAUGGAGGAGAAUGGUAGCUCUUACAAUGCUCUUCGUAAAAAGCAGCAGAUGAAAGUGACAAUCUUGGGCAUUAUACAGGGUGUCCUCUUCUUUCUUGGUUCAGGGUGGCUCAUGACAGAAGAUCUCUUAUCUUAUUUUGCUGUUGUUUUUGAUCGGAGAGGCCAUUUGAUUUGCACUGUCAUGGCAUUGUACUCUCUCGGGGCAACCAUCCUUUUAGGCGUUGGUCAGUCAAAAUUCCGCCUAAUGGCUAAAAAUAUUGGCAGAAAACUACAAACCUGGAAAUUCCCUUUGUCCUAAUCAUUCAGUUUAUGUUAUCUCACUUCUGCCAGCAGAUGGAUCUAUAGGCAUGUUGGAAGCGAUGUUGGGGCAGCACUCAAACUAAAACAGUCUAAAAUGUAGAUGUUUUCAUGCACAUAAAGUCCUUUGUGAUCCGGUGACAGUACUGAAAAUGGCUUGUGAUUGAAAUUAUGUAACUCAAGAUUAAAACUUUCAGUAUAAGAACAUAAUUUGCAGAUAUUUGAAUGGAUAUGAAACUGUGUUGACAUUUGCAAACCACAAACUCAUUUUUCCUCUUUAUGCAAAAUGGUAAAUGCAGUAAAUACAUAUA